CCGUAGCACAGUAGAUUAAUGAAAGUUGUGACCGUCAUGUUCUUAUGAACAAUGUUAAACCAUAGAGAACGCAAGUAAAUGUCAUUCAUAACUCCGUACAGCGACCCUAGGCUGUUAGUUGCUUACACAUACAUACCAAAGCAGUCGCGUCGUCCGAGGCCAAUGUUGAUGACUUCUGUCGUAGCCAACCACUUAGGCCUGCGUAUUUGGGUUACUUUUGCAGGGAUUAACGAAGCCACAGUGACGACGAUAACGUUGACAGUCAACACCUUGCCGUCUUAGGCAGGUUCUUCACAAUCUAUAACCAUGUUCGCAUGAUAUAAGAGGGAAGAGUCGCCAGUUUGGUGUGCCUGCCAGUGAAACCAGGGCCAACUCUUGGAGGUUCUCAAAACAUCUCACGAUACAACAGCGAACGCUCGCAGACAUACGGUCGAGUGCUAGAGACUGUUCAACAACUGAUACCUUUUCAAAACGCCACGAUAUCUACAGGUCAAUAUGCAAAUUAAAGUAACUCUUCCCAACGACGCCAUCAACAGAGACUCUGUCGAUGAUAAAGCUUCCUACCAUGGAAUCCUCGCCGAUGUUCUGAUUCCCGGCCGUGGUGAGCCUCUGAAAAACGGGGCAUUGGUGGUGAAAGACUCGGUUAUCGAGUGGGUUGGGCCAAGCAACGAGAUACCGUCGAAUUAUUCGUCAAUUCGUAUCUCGCGGGUGCCGGUGCUUAUGCCAGGCAUGUGGGAUGUACACACACAUUUCGAGGGUGUCGGCGUCGCAAUGGGCAUCAGAGAUAGCAUGAAGCCUUUCUUACCCGGGACAGCCACGCUCAUUGGGGCAGUGAUUGUCGACGACAUGCGCCGAACGCUCAUGGCGGGGUUCACCUCGAUCCGCGAGCUCGGCGGCUAUGCUGGGGAUGUUGCACCCGCUAUUGACAUGGGCGCCAUUGUCGGCCCUCACGUGUACGCGGCCAUAAGCAUACUUAGCAUCACGAGCGGCCAUGGAGAUAUUCAGGAUGCGCCCCUCCGGACCGUUUUGGAUGCUUGCGCUAAUGGCUCAUCAUCGUCCUUCGUUUGUGACGGCGUGGACGGCUGUAUCAAAGCUGUGCGGCAGCAGAUCCGACGAGGCGCCAAGGUGAUCAAGGUCUGCUCGACGGGCGGCGUGCUUUCGCUGAAUGACCAGCCCGAGGACACGCAGUUCAGCCCGGAGGAGUUGCGAGCCAUUGUGCAGGAAGCCAAGCGGAGCAGCCGAGUAGUAGCCGCUCAUGCCCAUGGGAAGCCCGGUAUCAUGGCGGCUCUGGAGGCGGGAGUUAAGAGCAUCGAACAUGGCUCGUACCUGGACGAGGAGGUUGCCGCCAAGAUGAAAGAGAAGGAUGCCAUUCUGGUCCCUACACGCCACAUCGUCGAGGGCAUAACUGCUGGUAAUGACGACCUCGAUCCACGGCAAAGAGCGAAGCUGGAGCGAACCGUGCAGCUGUCGAGAGACAGCAUCAAAUUGGCUAACCGGAUGGGGGUCAAGAUUGCCCUGGGGACAGACACUUUCAGCAGCGACAGGAAUCAUGCGGUAGCCCACGGGAAAAACGCCAUGGAACUUCGCUACGCCAUUGAGGCUGGGAUGACUCCUCUUCAGGCCAUAGAGAUGGCAACCGCUACUCCUCCUGAAACCUUGGGUCCUCAGGCUCGAAAGUCGGGCCAGCUCAAGGCUGGUUAUGACGCCGACUUGAUCGCCAUCUCGUCUAACCCGCUUGAAGACAUUGAGAUUUUGAUAGAUCCGGAUAACAUCACCCACGUGUGGAAGGGAGGCGUGUUGUUCAAGUCCCCUCAAUAAUUAUGUACCGAGUCAAGAUGCAUCAGUUGGAUAGACUUUGGGAAAUUGAUAUCACGCACGUGAAGGGAUGAAUGUUUGGGAGCGCGUUGUUGAUGGGAUGGAACCAACUCCGAAGCUCGAGAAGAGUUGAAUGUGGAAGUCCACGAGGUGACAUCGUGCAAGUAGCGCUACCAUCGAUCAGCGCACUUGCAGUGCUUGGGUGCUUGCAGUGGAGACAGAAAUGCGGGGCUGACCAAGGCUUCUCACGUGAUCUGAGCUUUCACCUCAAAGGUUUCCGAGUAGAGGGUAUACAUAGUAUUUUUAAGUCCAAAUUGUUUGCAAACCAAUGCUGUACCAGAGAUCAC